CGCUUUUAGCGCAUGUCCAUAUCCGAGCACAGUCGGUUUGUUUACUUGACACAUUGAGUUAGAAAUUAGCCGAUGUAGCUUCUACUCAGCAUUGACAUCUACAGCAAUAAAGCCAGAAAGCUGACGGGGUGACACUCAUCCUCAUCGAGGGAACAGCAACAGAAUGUCUUUCAUAUUUGAUUGGAUCUACAGAGGAUUCAGUAGUGUGUUGCAGAUAUUAGGACUGUAUAAAAAGACAGGAAAGCUGGUUUUCCUUGGAUUAGACAAUGCAGGAAAAACAACAUUAUUGCACAUGCUUAAGGAUGAUCGGCUCGGGCUGCAUGUGCCAACACUUCAUCCAACUUCAGAAGAGUUAACCAUCGCAGGGAUGACUUUCACUACAUUUGACCUGGGUGGGCAUGCACAAGCAAGAAGAGUUUGGAAGAAUUACUUACCAGCCAUAAAUGGAAUAGUCUACCUCGUGGAUUGUGCUGACCAUGAGCGUCUACAGGAGGCUAAAGUCGAACUAAACGCCCUGCUAACUGAUGAGACCAUAUCCAAUGUGCCAAUCCUUAUUUUGGGAAAUAAAAUUGAUCGACCUGAGGCAAUAAGUGAAGAUACACUGAGAGGAAUAUUUGGCCUACAUGGACACACUACUGGGAAGGGGAAUGUGGCACUGAAAGAGCUGAACAUGAGGCCAAUGGAAAUUUUCAUGUGCAGCGUGUUAAAAAGACAAGGAUACGGGGAUGGUUUCCGAUGGCUUUCUCAAUACAUUGACUAAUUGGUUAAGACCCAAUCGCCUCUCCAAACCUACUUGACCCUAUUUAUUGAAGAUUUGACUCAGGAGUAAAGAACUAUUUAAAACUGAAUGAAAACGUGACAAUUAUUCCAGGAGUAGGUUUUUUUAAAUUGUGCCAAAAAUAAAAUGUACUCCUAAAAUACAUUUCUGUCAUCUCAAAUGACAAAAACUAAUGACCGAUUGUAUAUUUUUCCCCUUUUAAAAAUGAAGCAAACUAUAUAGUACAUGUUGAGUUGAGAGUAUUUUAGGAUAAAUAGUAUUACAUUUAGGGUUUGUUGAGUCUGUCCACAUUACAUACACUUUCUGUUACACUUUCAGAUAAAUAGAUAUUGCACAUAAAAGCGGGAAAAGCAAAUUUUUGCCAUGAUAUAGAAAUAAACUGAGUUAUGUGAAAUAUGGUGCAAUAACUAGACUUAUGUAGCUUGCAUAUGCUUUAUUUAUUUUUAUCUUUAAACACUAUUAAUACCAGUGUGCCUUAACUGAUUGGUGCUUUUUAAGAAAAAAAAUAAUUUCAUCUUUAUUUUAUGGCCACACUUUAUUUUAUGGUUAUGAUUUGUUAAAAUUCAUGAGUUAUUUCUGCAGUAAGUAGUCUUUGACCUUCAGCUACAACUAAGUGGUGAAUGAGAGUACAUGAACAGCACCACAGUCUUUCAGAGAAAGUGCAAUACACGAUAUCAUGUUAAGUCAUUUUCACAUUUGUAAAUAGAAAUGCUUUCAAACAUCUUACUUAAAUGAUGUGGCUCAAAAAACCUUAAUAGCACAAUUUUCAAGGCUUAUUUUGGAGCAGACAAAAAUAAAAGUGAAUAUUUUCAA